UACACUUUAAAUGUACGGGUCUACUGCUUAUAGCUAUUGGGUUGUUGAGAAACGUUUCCCUGCACGCCAUUGGCUGUGCGGCGUGGCAGAAGGGACAACUUUCAGGAAGUGAGGAAAAGGACAAAAAGCUCAAUUGACGACGUAACCUACGGCUUGGAUUCCCUUCGGAUGCAGAUAUUAUCUUUGCUCAGUUUUCAUGGCACCGCAAAGAAAGAAGACAUUACCCAAACCACUCCCAGAGGGCUUUGUACUGACCGACACUGAGAAGAAGAAAUGGAGGCUGGGGAAAAUCAUUGGUCAGGGUGGCUUUGGACUAAUUUAUCUUGCCUCCCAGGACGUGGACAGACCUGUUGCAGCAGACACUGGCUUUGUCAUAAAAGUGGAGUACCAGCAGAAUGGCCCCCUGUUCUCGGAGCUCAAGUUCUACCAGAGGGCAGCCAAACCAGAGAGCAUGCAAAAAUGGAAGAGAGGCAGGAAACUGGACUUCCUGGGCAUCCCACAGUACUGGGGAUCAGGGCUUGCUGAAUAUAAUGACCUCAGAACUCUUGGGCCAAAAAACCAUCUACAUAUCAGGAAAUAUCGUUUCAUGGCCAUGGACCGACUGGGCAGUGACCUUGAGAAGGUCCUUGAGCACAAUGGAGGUAGACUUAGGAAGUCCACCGUGCUCCAACUUGGUCAAAGACUGGUGGCUGUGCUGGAGUAUAUUCAUGAAAACGAGUAUGUCCAUGCAGACAUAAAAGCUGCCAACCUCAUGCUGGGUUACAGAGACCCUGAACAGGUCUACCUAGCAGACUAUGGGCUGUCCUACAGAUACUGUCCUGAUGGCGUCCAUAAAGAAUACAAGGAAAACCCCAAGAAGGGACACAAUGGAACCAUUGAGUACACCAGCCUUGAUGCCCACAGAGGACUUGCUCCAUCCAGACGUGGUGACUUCCAGAUUUUGGGGUUUUGUCUUCUUCACUGGUUAUGUGGCUCUCUGCCUUGGGAUAAUGUUCUCAAGAACCCAACUCAGGUCCAAGAGGCCAAGGCCAGACUGAUGGAUAAUCUGCCAGACUCGGUACUGCAGCUGUCAGUGAGCGGGUCCAGCACAGAUGAGGUGGCUGAAUUCCUCCUUUAUGUGAAAACUCUGGACUACCAAAAUAAGCCAAACUACCAGCUUCUCAAAGCCCUGUUGGCCAGUGUUACCACAGGAAGACUUGACUUCUCCAUGCCUCAAGGACCUGCAGGGAAGUCAACCACCAAGGUAGACGAUGCCCCCACCAGGGAAAAGAAAGCAGGACGAGCCAGAGGGUCCUCCAAACCCAAGGCUGUGCCUACAGAGGUGGAUCAUGAACAGGAAGAGGAGAGGAAGACUAAACCAGUGCCAGCUCGCUAUGUAAGAGGACCACCCCCCACUAAACCUCAGUCACAGCUGAAUAAAGAUGGAGCUUUGCCUGCUGUCAGCAGAUCACUGAGGCCAAGGCCUGAACCUGCGGUGACUUAUGAAGAAGAUGACAGUGAAGAUGAGGAUGAUGAAGAUGAGGAUGAUGAGGAUGAUGAUGAGCCCAGACCCAGACCCAUUGCUGCAUGCUAUCUGAGAGGCCCUCCAACAGGCCCCAGAGCUCAGCCUAAACAGAAAGAAAUAUCCAAAUGGGCCGGCAGGAAAGCAGACGACCUCUGCGUGACCCCGGGGGGACGGGAACGACGAGUCCACCCGCAAAGUAGGAAAUGCAUGACAAACUGUGACUCAAAGGACCAAACGCAUUACAGGGAAGGACGGGAUGAAAGGCUGCUCCACAGAGACCGCUUUGGUGAAGAGGAAAGCUCUGUCGUCAGAGGUCCAGAACGGGAAGCUGGUACCACACAAAGGAAAGAACCGUUUUCCUGGUUUGUCUUUGUAGGUGUCUUCCUAUUCUUGGGUGCUGUUCUUGGAGUUUUCCAAAGUGCAUUUAAACCCUUUUGACAAUAAAAACGGACUUCUGAGUUUUAGCACUGUGGAGAUGGAGCUGACGGGAACACAAAGCCACUUCUCAGGACUUCUGGCCUGCCAUUUUCACAGUAAUAGGCUGAAAUAGAAGCAGUCUUCAGUUUAUUCUGCUUAUUAAAUUUUCAUUAUAGUUUAAUGUGGUAUGAAGGACUACUUUGUGAAAAAAAUGAAUCUCUCAUUGGAGAUGAAGGACUCCCAAGUACACUUAUAAUCAUACACACAAAUAAAACUGUCUUUGACUUUGAA